UGGUAGUGAGAACAUGUGAUUGUAAACAAAUAUAAACAAUGUUUAUUUUUAACAUUUUUAUAUCUAUUUUGUUUAUUAAUAAUUGUAAUUGUGACGUGUUUCAUAUAAAAUCGUUGGUGUCAUUUCAACCAAAUGUUGUGUCGGAUUAUUUCGGUUAUUCGGUAGUUUUAAAUAAUUCAGAGCUGUACAUAGGUGCACCUAAAGCUAAGAACCGGUUUAAUUCCAACGUGACUUCUGGUGCAGUGUUCAAAUGUGGGCUGACUGAGCUAAAUGUUAAGAAUGUUACGUGUAGACCACUGGGGAUCGAUGAUGGAGCACAAGAAAUCACGUUUAGUAAAAUGGCUUCAUAUUCAUACUUCUUCAGGGAGGACAUGUGGUUUGGAGCCACUAUUUCAACCGUACCUACUGGAAAAUUAUUGGUCUGCGCUCCACGAUGGGCUGUGCCAUACAAAACGACUCAUUUAUUGGCGAACGGCGCGUGUUACAUACAGGGACAAUUUCGGGCAGCUACCCUCUUCCCGUUGAAAGAAAUGAAUAGACAAGCAUUCAUGACAGAUGGAUUAAGAAAAGAGUUCGGGGAAUAUGGCACCCACCUGAACUUCUACGCGUACGGCCAAGCUGGGAUAUCAGUGAAAGACACGGGAAAUAAUAGUUUUAUCAUGGGAGCUCCUGGUCUUUUACAAUGGACGGGUGGUAUAGUAGAAUAUAAGUACAUACCAGAUAUGCGCAGUACAUUCGUGAACAAGCAGCCCACAGCUAAUCCUUACUACACCAGAGAGAUUGGCCCGGAUGAUUAUCUUGGAUAUAGCGUUGAAUCUGGAGUAUUCGAGACAGAUGGCAAGAUUCUUUACAUCGCUGGCGCUCCGCGAUCCAAAUCAGGUUAUGGGCAGGUACUUAUAUUCGAGCCAGUGUCCCGAGAAACUGACUCCCUCCAUAUCAAAGCAAAGCUCUUUGGUCCCCAACUGGGAAGCUAUUUUGGAGCCACUUUAUGUUGUACUGAUAUUAAUGGAGAUGGUCUGGCUGAUUUACUAGUUGGUGCACCCAACUAUGUUCGCAAAAACGGUACUUUAACGUAUAAUCAGGGCGCUGUUUUUGUUUAUUUGUCAGAGAAACAGUUCCAAGAUAAUAUAACUCUAAAAUCAUCUGGUUUCGUCAUGGGUUCGGGAGGCAAUGGAGCACAUUUUGGGCUAUCGAUUGCUGAUCUGGGAGAUAUCGAUGAUGAUGGAUACACUGACAUAGCAAUCGGAGCUCCCUGGGAAGACGAUGGAUCUGGUUCAGUAUAUAUCUAUCGGGGAAGUAAAUCAGGCUUACAAGGGCAAUACGUACAAAAGAUUAAAAUCCCUGGUUCUAGAAGUUUCGGCUUCUCUAUAUCUAAAGGCAUAGAUGUUGAUAAUAAUAACUGUAAUGAUUUAGCAAUAGGUGCAUACAAAUCCAAUACAGCGUAUCUAUUCAGAUGUGUUCCAACCGUCCACGUGGAAGCCAGUAUCAAGGUCCCAGAUGCAAUGGAUUUGCAACCUAAUGCCACUAACUUUACAGCCUUGUUUUGUGUGAUUGCCGCUGAUAGUGUUACGCCUCAUGUUAAAUUAGAUCUUUUAGCAUCAAUAUCAAUAGAUAGUGAGGACAAUCGCGCCAUGCUUGAUGGUGAUUCAGAAUACAAUAUAACUAUUAAACCCGGUAAUGAAUUGUGUGAGGAACAAGUUGUUAAAGUGCAUCCGACGGCCGAUUUAUCAAAACCCAUUUCAAUGAAAUUCAAUUUGACGGCGAUCGACGCGUUCCAAGAUAAUAUAGUGUUCCCAUCCCACGCAGCUCGUCUUUCUGACGAAUCUAUAUUGGAUACGUCAUUUAAUAUUCAAUUAACACGAGAUUGUGGGGACGACUUAAUUUGUCAGCCUCUAUUGCUUAUGACACUUGAAUCUUUGAACAAUCCCUACAUCCCCGGUUCCACUGACCGACUCGGUCUCAAAAUCAGCAUUAUCAAUAGAGAAGAAGCAUCAUACGGAGCGGAAAUACAUCUCCAACUAAUUUCACCACCAAAAAGACUUCCCAGUGCUUGUUAUUUGGAACAUUUUAAUGUAACUUGUAAACUACCCUCACCAUUUUAUCGCGGGGAAUCCAUAGAAUGGGUUAUAGAAGUGGAAUAUUCUAGAGAAAUUAUGGUAAAUGAGGAAAUAGGUGUGGAGGUGGAGUUACAUGUGCCGUUCUAUAGAGGAACUAAUAUGGAAAGGGUUGUGAAGCAAUUGACGAUUUUUGUUACGCCAAAAGCAAGUUUUGCUGUUAGCGGGAAGCCACUGCCAAAUGCUACAAUGUCGGUCACAAGGGAUAAGUUUAAUGAACGAGGCCAAGUGCAUUUUGAACAUUAUUUUGAGAUAACGAACUUUGGUCCCUCGGAUUGGUUUAAUCUAUCCGGACAAAUUGUACUUCCUGAUAAAGUGAAUGUAUCCAACAAGAUAAAAGGCUGCAGUGAAGGUCCUACGAUUCAAUGCGUUUGGUCGAUUCCUGCCAAAGUUUCACUGCCUAUUCCCGUAUUUUUGUUCUAUGAUUUGGAUAAAUUUGGGAAGUUUCUCGGUGAACAAAUAACACUUAAUAUAACUACGACAUUGUUAUUACUGGACGGUCAAAAUAAGAAUGCAACAAUAACAACUACAUUAGUACUGGAGCCGGCGCAACCAAUAUGGCCGAUCAUAGUGGGAUGUGUCGCCGGGCUGUUAUUACUAGCUGUGAUAGUUUCUGUUAUGUAUAAGUACGGUUUCUUCUCGCGACAAAAGCGUGAUGAUCUCAAGCGACUCCAAGAAGAAUCAUGUUCUGAAGAAACCAACCAAGCCUGUAGAUCUUCUGUCGCAGAAGAAUCCACUGCAGAACUGAUUAGCGAUUCUGAAUAAAUAAUGUAUAGAUAUAGAACACUCUAGUCGUAUUAUGUAUAUUGUAUAAGUACAAAUUAAGAUGGUAUUGAUACAAUAAAAGUAUUAAACCAA